AUGAGUUCGUCUGAACCGUCAACGCCGUUGACGGAGGGGAGUGUGUCUCAGACGAUGCCGCUGGUGCCCUCCAGUCUUAAUACAGGAGGAGUUCGGAUGGGAUCAUCCGGGCUGCCUCGCAUUGACAUUGCGCAGUCCGCUGCCAUUGAGCGUUUUCUUCUUGACGGACAUCUGAGCGAUUUGUUGGCAAGUGGCGGGCCGGGACUCGGCGCCUCUGCGGGCAGCACGUUGGCGCCAGGGAGCGAUCACAUUCGGGGCCCAGGAAGCGUUACCGAGAAUCAAAGUUUCGUAUCGACACGGGCUCUCGAAGUGCAGGAAGGUCAUGCACCUGAGAUUCAAGCGUCAGAGAGUGUGUUUCAAGAGGCAGCUCCAGCUCCAACUCCAGCUCCAACUCCAGCUCCAGCUCCAACUCCAGCUCCAACUCCAGCUGCACCUACACUUGCAGCUACGCCCGAAAGUUUACCUACACCUGUGAUAUUUUCUGCUCCUCUUCGUUCACCUGCUCCUUAUCCUGCGGCUGAAAAUACGGUGGAUCUGCAACCCACGCCGUUGGCACAAACAUUGGAUCCACAACAGGCAUCGGCCUUGCUGCAGCCGUUACAGACGCGCGCUCGCAACCCAACACAAAUGCCAAGCGAGUUAGGGCCUGCCAUGCGUGGAUUUUCUUUGGGUGAUGCCGGUGAAGUCUCUUUUGGCGUUCGCGCCUCACCUGUCUCCUUGUACGGCGAUUCGACGAGGAGUGUAACACCUGUACUGAACGACUCGAGCGGGUCAAACGGUAUAUAUGCGGAAAUGAGGUCUCCUGCGGUCGUCAGCGUCCGCGGGGUGCAUGUUCCGCAGCAAACCAGUAGUCCACGCGCCAAGAAAGAUGCGAAAAUAAAGCGUGUCCGAUCCAUGGGUGAUAUAGCCUCUCUGCAGGUAUCUCCCAAGUCAACCUACGUCGCGCCGGAGUCACUGGGGGCACAAGUCUUGGGCCCCAGCUUCCGCACCAUAUCAUCUGCAGACUUUCGCAGCGGCGCCGCUGGGUCCUCUGUACAUUCCAAAAGACCUAUGACGGCGACGAAUGUGCGGGCAGAUCGGGCAACGAGAUCAGGUGCGCCUACGUGGAUUUCUGCGACGGAACGCAUGCAGCUAGACGAUAUGAGGACGCGAGAUGACAAUUUCUUGGAUCGGGUCCUUCCCGCCGAUAGGGGCCAGCCAAAUUGGCAGCGGAAGGCUAUGGGCCGCCUGCGUUCUUCGGAUAUGGGGGCCUUUGGGGGAAUGAGUCCUGUCGGACGAAGCUGUGGUGCCUACCCACAGUCCGCUGCGCUCUCGUCACAUUCUGCCGGCACACGCGCGACAGAAGUCAGCGGUGGAUCGCCCAUGACGCCCCGCAUGGAGAUGCGGGCCGCCUCGAUCAGUGAAAGUACUGCAGAUCAGUUUGUCGGGCGGCAUGUGCGAAUACGGGCGAAGCACAACACGCGCCUCCCAGGGCCAGCGACAGGAGGGCCCCCUGCUGGAUCUGGUGGCUCUCCCGGUGGCUCCUCCACCGGGACGGGUGGGGGACGCUUCAGCGUCCACGCCAAAAGUAGCUCGAUGAACCUUGGAAACUUGACGCCAAAGGAGGCGAAGCUCGGUAAUCAUGCCGAAGACAUGUUUAUGUCACUCUUUGGUGUGAAGAAAAAGGAGAAACCGCGGCCACCGCCACUCUUCGCAACGGAUACCGCUUUGCCUGUUCUGGUUGCCUCGGAAACAGCCGCGCCGAAAGGCACACCCUCACUGUUUGGGCGUGGUGGUGGUGGUGGUGGUGGAGGAGGUAGAGGUGGAGGUGGGGGUGGAAGAGGCGGUGGUGGUGGUGGUGGUGGUGGUGGUAGAAAUAACCGAGGCCCCCAACCCCUCCCUGGCGGCGAUGAGGAGGAGCAUGAGGAGCGGCACUUCAAGGAGCACGCAACUACCGCCCUACACGCCAUCCCGUGGGACCAGCGGUCAUUCAUCCCCCUUACCGGCUUUGGCAUCAAGACGUUUAACAUCUUCUCUGCACCAUUAUUUUGGGAGAAGUUGGAUUGGACAGUACGUGCAUCGCUCUUCACCGUUCUUCCAACUAUGAUCCUCACGCUGGAACCGGCAACCGCCGACAUUUUCCCUCUGCCAUCAUCUGUGGCAUUUCUUGCAUUCUGGAUCACGAUGCCCACCUUUGGCUCGGGGUUACGGGAGUUUAUCAUCGCCCUGAAAGGGUACGCGCUGAGCCUCGUAAUGCUCCUGAUCGUCAUUGCUAUUGAUCCAAGGCGUUCGUGGCUGAUUCUCAUGCUUCUCUUCUUGCUCGUGCUUUUCACCUCCUUCUUUGCGGAGCAGGUGAAAAAGACGUGUGCGUACUGUCUCGCCGUAUUCCUGAUGCAGCUGCAGUCUGAUCCUGCCGGAACGGGCAUUAAGUUUGUUGGCGACUACUUCAUCACGCUGCUCAUCGCGCUUGGAUUCGGCUUGGCAGCCUUUUUCAUCCCGAACAUUCGGUGGUCGAGCGAUCUUUCAAAGAUGUAUGUCUCAAUACUCGGCAACUGCCUCAGCAUCUAUGUGCAGGGAACGUGCUCAAGUUUCUGGACGCGUUCCCCGCUGGAGCGUGAGCUGCACAUUGUGCGACUCAGACAGCUGCGCGCCACCGCGCAGAAGGCCAUCUCAAAGGCGACGAUGUACUUUGAAGAGGCUGGCUACGAACCACACAGCGGCACCUUCAUGGCUGCAAUUAGCCUGCGACACGAGUUCCUGGUGGAUGUUUUCAACAUCCUCUCCUCCAUGGUGCAGGUGAUUGAGCUCAUCGGCGACAGCCCGCAGCGCAUCGACACUCCACUCUGCGUGUCAUUUGGAAAUGCCAUCGCGGAGGACCUCGCCAUUAUCUCCUCCGCGAUGGACAACAUGAUCCUCAAGAUCUCAGACUUCAAGCACCCGGUGGAGAAUGAUGACGUUCAGAUGUUCAGGGAGGCGCGGGAGCGCUUUCAGGAACGCCUCUCGGAGGUGCGGCAGGAGGUGAUUCUUAACAACGAAAUGUACGAAACCGAUGAGUCCGACGUGCUGCUUGGGUUCUUUAUGUUCAGUGUGGAUGAGCUCUGCGAGGUGAUUAGCCGCUUCGACCCUGACAAAGAGUACCCAAGCACGAUACUGGAGUGGAUGAAGACACCUAUCAACGACGUGCUCAGUUCAUUCAGGGCCUUCUCCGCUCUCAUCACCACUAUUAUUCACCAACGCACCAUCACACGGCGCGCGAAGGAGGCAAUUAAGCUCGCGUUGUGUAUGACGUUGCCCGGUGUAUUUCAGGUGUACGCGCUCCACAGCAGCGGCACAAGUCCAGUUGCUGGUGCGGCAAUCAUUGCCUUUGUGUACAACCAGACCGGCGCACAGAGUUUCACGUACGCCGUGAAUCGAGUGCUUGGCACCGUACUUGGCUCCCUCACCGCCCUGCUCGCAGUGCAGAUAGCGAUGGGGAAGCGUUUCGUGCUGUACAUCGCCGUAGCCGUCCUCUCCUUUAUUGGAUCGUACAUUCAAACCAGCCCUAGUUACUUUGCGGCGGGUAACGCGAUUUGCAACAGUGUUAUUUCCGUCAUUACGCAGUACAAGGACGACAGUGCGGCCAUGGUUCGUAUUCAGCAGAACGUGUUUGCUAUUCUCAUCUACUUCUGCAUUACGAUGGUGCUGUGGCCGAUGCGGGCGAAGCGAAAGGUGCACAUGUCUUUUGACGUGAGUUUGCGCUGCUUCCGCGAGACGGCGUGUCGUCUGUUGCGCAACCUUGACAUGCCGGAGGAUGUAGGCGAGGUGAACUCCGUCACCAAUGAUGUACUCAAGGAAUGGUACAAGAAGAUUUCGCGCCAGGCCAUCUUCCUCCCUGGUGCCUCGACGGAGCCGACGCUUGUCGGCGCCGACUUCCCAGCGGCGUCGUGGGAGAAACUCAUAGACACACAGAUGAAUCUGUGGUCGAUUGUGUCCAUGAUGAGGUUCGCGUACUUUACCUUCAUGUCGAGCAAAGCUGACGACACAACGGAGCUGUCAGUGCACUGGGUCGUUCUGCGCCGCAUCUCGCCCUACGCAAAGGACUUGUGUGACCUACUCUACGCCGCCGUUGACCUCUACCUGCUGUCCCUCGGCAAGACAACAGUGGUGCCGACGAGUCAUCUCACUCGCCUGCGUCACGGGAUGCUGGAGGCGGAGCAGAACAUCACCGAGGUGUACAUCCAAACAAUCUGCCGCAGACUUGGCGGCGACAUCUCCGACGAGGACAGUGGUGGGGAUGGCGAAAACAGAAGCAACUGUGGCAGCGCCAGCCAGCUGCCAGCUAGUGUAAGCAACCACGACCGGUGGUCUAUGGAUUUGCAGGGUUCGCGGCAAAUCGCGAUGGACGCUGCCAGGAAGAAGCGGGAGGGCUACUUGAUGUACAACCUCACGCCAGAGGAGGAGGAGGAGCUGAAGCGGCACCUCUUGAGUAAGGCAGCUGCCAGCGCACGCAAAGGGAAGGGCAACGAUGACGACAACGCCAGCGACGACGAAAAGAAGGAUAAAAAGUUCAAGGAAAGUUUCACCCUUAACCGGUCGUUUUUUGGCUUGUUCAAUAGGGCGUUGCGGCAUCCCGUCGUGGAUCUCAGUGACAAUGACGACGAGAAGAGCAACGCGAAGGAUGCCAACGACGAAUCACACAAGAAGCUGCACAACAGCCUCGACAUAACCAUGCAGGGCGGAGACGGCGCCAAGGGCGAGAGAUACCUUUCGCAUGGCAACAAAGGGGGGCUACCAGAGUCUGGCGCUCUUGAAGAGGAGAUGACUAACAGAGAGGAGCAGCAGCACGAGGGCAACCAACAGGCGCAAGAGCAGCAGCACCAGCAGCAGCAGCAGCAGCAGGUACCGACGGUAAAGACAGGGACGUCGUCUGACCCCGAUACGGUGCGGAUGCUGUUGUCCGCGAGGAACAUCAUUGAACCCGUAACGCAGAGCAAACCACUGAAGGGGUCCAUUGGCUCAUAUUCUUCGCCGUCAGCGCACUCCUCUAUGUCCGGCGACCGCACCUCGGUCGCCCCCUCGCAAGAGGGCGCGGAGAUGCUGCGCCAGCUUAACUUCUUUGAUCCGGAGCGAAAGGAGUUUGUUCUGUCGAAUCAAGACAUUCACAGCCUGGAGGCGUUCCUCUUUGGUGUGCGUGCCCUCACUGUGCAGCUGGGCGAGCUGCAGAAGGCACUGCUGGAGAUGCAACACGCGGAGGAGCUCGCGAAGAAGGUGUAG